AUGCCAUCAAAUGCUUCGGAUAUUUCUCGAGGAGAUGAGCAUCGGUCCUCAAUGGCCUUGGUGGCCGCCCAGCAGAUGAACGAGUCGCUCGUCAUUGAGAGCAAGCUCAAGCGCAGAUAUGCAUUGGAAUGGGAGUACCUGGCGUCAGUGCUUGAUCGUCUUCUGCUUCUGGUCUUUUCCCUCGUCGUCUUCAUCGUCACCUUUUUGAUGAUUCUCGUCGGAGAGGCGAUGCAUCUCAGCUACGAACUCAACAAUAAU